UUCCCUUACACAUGGCUCCGAGAUUCGGAUCCUCAACUCGUUCAUUCGGCUACGAGACAAAAACUUCAUUCAUCUUCUCAAGUUCCGCUUGAUGUUGGUGAACUCCCUCUUAAGGCGGAACUUACGGAAGAUGGAACUCGUGUGAAGAUCGUUUGGGAGUGGCCAAAUGAAACGGAAUUUAGCGUUGAGAUGUUAAGAAGGUACUCUCAUUUGACGCUCGAGGAUGCGUUUCGUCAUGCGAUCAAACCUUUCCCUUGGACGCAAAAGGAAUUGGUUCGAUCGGAUGAUCUAACAAUGUCGUACGACAGUUUGUGUAUUUCAAAGGAUGAUGAUGAUGCUGUUGUUCGUCGGGGGAUCGAACAAUUGCUCAAAUAUGGGAUAUUGUUCGUUGAAGGGAUCCCAUCUGAGGAGACGUCGGACGAACGAUGCGAAACGGGUAAACUUGCUAGAAUCUUUGGAAUCGUUCGGGAAACGAUUUACGGUCGUUUGUGGGAUGUCGUCUCUCGUGGUGAGACGAGUCGGAAUAUUGCCUAUACGAACUUGGAUUUGGGAUUACAUAUGGAUCUGGCCUAUUGCGAGAAUCCGCCACGAUAUCAGGUGUUACACAUGUUGAGGAAUACGGGAGUUGUGGGAGGGGAAAGUAUCUUUUCGGAUGGGUAUCAUGCGGCGUAUACGUUACUGGAAGAAGAUCGAGAGGCGUUCGAUGUGCUUUGUCAACGACCGGUUGCAUUUCAGUACAUGAACGAGCAUCAUCAUUUGUAUCGCGAACAUCGCACGAUCCAACUUGCCUCUUCCGUAGUCGUACCUGAAGUGGCGUACAUCAACUACUCACCUCCUUUUCAAGCUCCGCUACCCCUUCACACAAAUCUAGAUUCGCGAUUCUUACCCGCUUUAAAGAAAUUUACAAAGUUACUUCACACGGAUGAUCGGUUAUACGAACGAGCGAUGAAGCCGGGUAUGGCAGUUAUUUUUGAUAACAGGAGGGUCCUGCAUGGGAGAAGGGAAUUUCAAAGUCAGAGUCAGAUGGAGGAAGAGUUGGGGGUUCAAAGAUGGUUGAAAGGGUGUUAUCUGGAAGGGGACGUUUUGUUGGACAGACUUCGUGUUAUCAGG